UCUGCGGGGCGGAAGUCGCCGUGCGCGCCGGAAGUCCCCGCCCCGCCCCGCCUCCGCUCGGCUCGCGCGAGCUGGCUGCUUCCUGCCUCCCUUAGUCCGGGUGCGGAGACUCCGGCGCCCUCCGGCUUUUCAUGGAAGAGAUGUCAGGAGAAAGCGUGGUGAGCUCAGCAGUGCCGGCGGCUGCCACCCGCACCACCUCCUUCAAAGGCACGAGCCCCAGCUCCAAGUAUGUGAAGCUGAACGUGGGCGGCGCCCUGUACUACACCACCAUGCAGACGCUGACCAAGCAGGACACCAUGCUGAAGGCCAUGUUCAGCGGGCGCAUGGAGGUGCUCACCGACAGCGAAGGCUGGAUCCUCAUCGACCGCUGCGGGAAGCACUUUGGAACCAUCCUCAACUACCUUCGAGACGGGGCAGUGCCCUUGCCUGAGAGCCGCCGUGAGAUCGAGGAGCUGCUGGCAGAAGCCAAGUACUACCUGGUCCAGGGCCUGGUGGAAGAGUGCCAGGCCGCCCUACAACAGAACAAAGAUACUUAUGAACCCUUCUGCAAAGUCCCAGUCAUCACCUCUUCCAAGGAAGAGCAGAAACUUAUAGCGACAUCAAAUAAGCCAGCCGUGAAGUUGCUCUACAACAGAAGUAACAACAAAUACUCGUAUACCAGUAAUUCGGAUGACAACAUGUUGAAAAACAUCGAACUGUUUGACAAACUGUCUCUGCGCUUUAAUGGGAGGGUCCUGUUCAUCAAGGACGUCCUCGGGGAUGAGAUCUGCUGCUGGUCCUUCUACGGCCAGGGCCGCAAGAUCGCCGAGGUCUGCUGCACCUCCAUCGUCUAUGCCACAGAGAAGAAGCAGACCAAGGUUGAGUUCCCUGAGGCCCGGAUCUACGAGGAGACCCUGAAUAUCCUGCUGUACGAGGCCCAGGACGGCCGGGAGCCUGACAACGCGCUGCUGGAGGCCACGGGUGGGGCGGCUGGCCGCUCCCACCACCUGGAUGAGGACGAGGAGCGCGAGCGAGAACGCAUCGAGCGCGUACGGAGGAUCCACAUCAAACGUCCUGACGACCGCGCCCUCCUGCACCAGUGAGCAGGCACGUGGACCCCUCCCCACCCCCCACUCGCCAGCCACACUCAGACCCUCCCCGCAGGCUCCCGCACCUGCCACUUCCCGGAGCACGGAGACUUUGCUGAAACGGCAAGCCAGAUGACGGCGUGCUGUUUGCUGACGGCGGGCUGACUGCCCCAGUCUCUCCCCCAGAGUCCUUGGAGCCGGACUCUCUCGGUUCUCAGAGGGAAGGUGUGAGUGGAAUGAAGUUUACGUGAGAAGCUUUGUCGCAGUAUUUAUUGUCCUGGGUGUUGACUGAGCUGCUCGGAUGCCCUUUGGGGUUCAGGUUGACAGCUGCCCUAGCGGUCCUGCAGUUGGUGGCCACCAGAGGUUUCUAUGUGCUGCUUUCUACCCCCACCCCCACCCCAGCCUGGCGGGCAGCCUGCUCAGCUCUGCCAGAAGCCUGGGCCCGCAGGGCUCCGUGGCUCACGGCUCAGAGCAGCGCAGGGCCUGGUGCGCUUCGAGCCGCCACGUGGUCGUUGCUAGCCUACCUUUGGGCAGCGCUCUGUCAGGGGCACUUCCGAUCUGGUCUUUGAUGGGGAGCUUGCUGGGAUCCUGGUCUUCUGCCCUGCAUGGGCAGGGUGCCCAGCUCUGUUCUUGGCUCCUGACCCCCCCUUUUUUAAACUCACUCCCGGAAGGCCAGCUGGCCUGAGAGAUCACAGACCACAGCUCUCUGGAACCCCUUCCUUCCUCUGCUGCCUUUAAAGUUGACUGGGACGCCAGCUCUGCUCUGGCCCCAUGCCCCCAGGCAGGAACCCUGCCACCCCAGCAUCCCCGCCGCCAUGCCUCUGUGUCUUGGCCUCUGGUUUUUCCACAGCGCAGAGCCUUCUGGGAGUGCUUGAUGUCGUGAUUGGUCAAGGGACGUGUGAGAUUGUUGAUGGGGAUGUGUGCUCGUGGGGCCCCGGUGGCCCACACUGGCUUUGUGCUCGUGUGAGACAGACCUCAGUAACCUGCCUGCGAGGGGACAGGAGUGAGUGGUGACUAGUGUGGGUGCUUGAGACUAGACUAGUCAGUCGAGUGGUCAGAGAGGAGUGUGUGUGACAGCAGUAGUACGUGGACUUCGUCUACGUUUCAGAGGGAGCUUCGCUGUCCUACACCAAAGGGAUUCGUAGGGGCAGCCUUUGACACGGUGAAUCCCCAAAACGAGUUUAUAUUUUGAAGCGGUUUUUACAGUUCUGACUUUGUAUGUUCUGCCCACCCCUUGACAGCCGUAUGCCUUUAUUCUGUAUCAGCAGCAGAGCCUACAAUAAAACUGUAAAGCAAUCAAGACCGUACCCACAA